UUAGAGGGAUCAUUAGCAGCAUGUGCAGUCCCGAGAGUCUGGCUUCUCUUUGUUCCCAUUGUGUGUCUCUCCCUCUCUCUCUGAGCACUGGUGGGAGGGAGCCCGGCGUUCGCAUCAAUAUUCCCUCUGCUGACAGGAGGCGCAUCCAGUCCUAGUGCAGAGUGCAGACGGAGGAUGCAGCAGCCUGUGCACAACUACAGCAGCAGCCAUCAGAGCCCCUGACCCAGCCGGGAGCCGGACAUCCUUGGCCAGACAGGACUAGUCACACAGCCUCAGACCUUGGGAAGCAGGGAGUGUGUGGGGGACAGAGCCACAUACAGCAGUCACCAUGGCGGAGGUGAAGUGCGGCACCAGCGCGGGCAACCCCGCUACAAACGGGCUGGUGGUGAACGCCGAGCUGGAAGUGAAGAAGCUGCAGGAGCUGGUCAGGAAGCUGGAGAAGCAGAACGAGCAGCUCCGGAACCGAGCAAGCGCCGUCAGCAACUGCACAGCCAGCCCGCACCUGCUGCAGCCUCCUCCGGGCACAUGCCUGCUGGCAGCCACGGCCCUGGCACGGCCCUCUGGACUAUGCUUACCUAGUCCUGUGCCCACACUUCUAUGCACGUCCGCGAUCGGUGGCAGUCUGUACCCACCUGAUAACCUGGGGUAUUACAGUACUAGGCAACAGCUGUCCUGUCUCAUUGCUACUGAGGGGCCAUUGAUUGACCACUCAAAAGCAGGUACCACCAUGCUGGACGAGGUGGGGGUUUUGGAUCUUGAAGACGGAUAUUGCAGUGAAGACGAGGACUCCUGGCUCUAUGUGUCCCCUACUAAGAAGCCAUUUGAGACAGCCCUUAGUCCAAUGGAGUGGUGUAGGCAAGUUUUGGAUCACCCAUCUCCUGAAAUAGAAGCAGCAAAGCGAUCUCUAUGCUACAGACUCGAGCAAGCUGGUCGCUGGAGGAGUCUCUUUUCCACUCCUGUUUCCAUGUCUUUUCCAUAUAGUCCAGUUGCGAGACUCACUCCGUAUUGCAACGGCUUUAAUUCUCCCAGCAUCCUUAAAACCCCAACUAAAGCAAUACUAACACCAGAAAGGACAGGUUACAGUUUGAAAAGUUCACCUUUAAGCCGACAGUCUUCAGUAGACAGUGAACUCAGCACGUCGGAAGUAGAAGAUGACUCGAUCUCUAUGGGGUACAAGCUGCAAGACCUUACUGAUGUCCAGAUCAUGGCACGAUUACAGGAAGAAAGCCUCAGGCAGGACUUUGCAUCUACCUCCACAUGCAGUUCAGUAUCAAGACAUCGCUCAAGCUUUUCUCUUUACUCCGCAAAGAAAUUAUCCUGUGCCAGUAGUGAUCAGGAAUCAGACCGCUACAGUGUUGAAGAUGAUGAUGAAGACUUUGAUCUCUUACCACCCCCUCAACCGCGACUCAGUCGGUGCUCUCCUCUCCAGCGAAGCAUUCCUCACUCUCAAACGUUCUCAAGCAUUCGGGAUUGCAGACGAAGUCCCAGCUCCCAAUAUCUAAAUUCUAAUGGAUAUCAGCAAUAUGGUUUUUCAUCUCAAGCCCAGACACCAGAACAACCACAAAACAGAACUAAUGCAGAUAAGCUUCGUAGAAGUAUGCCCAAUUUGGCUAGAUUGCCAUGCUCCACAGCAACAAGCACUGUGCUUUCUCCAGUCACCGUGCGCAAUAGCCAAAGUUUUGAUUCUAAUCUGCACGGAGCAGCAAAUGGGAUAUCCAGGGUGCAGUCAAGCAUACCAUCCCCUGGACAACUUCAGCAAAGAGUACACAGCGUGGGUAAUUUCCCAAUAUCAGUGAGGCCACCUCUUAAAGCCACAGCCUAUGUCAGUCCAACGAUACAAGGCAAUAGCGGCAUUCCUCAGUCAACUAGUUUACAGUCUUUAUCAAGUUCUGGGAUUCCUAUGCCAAACAAGACUUCAAGUGCAUUGCCUAUAGGGAGAAGUGCUCUCCCCAGACCUGCUCUGUCCACCACCAGUGUCAGCAGUAUACCGCGCAGCAAGAUCGCUGCUCCGCCACGCAGUUUUAUUCAGCCUCCGAAGACUCUGUCAUCACUGAGUACACUACGAGAUGGAAAUUGGAGGGACGGAUGCUACUGACCAGUUAUGAAUGAUAAAAUGAAGCAAUUAUGAGUGAUGUUUAUCCCAGCUGGCUGGGUUAAAGUGUAAUACAACAUUCUUCUCCUUGAGAUUUAAUAUUUGUAAUGUGUGAAGUGAGAUUACUAUCAAAGACAAUGUAGCUCUUAAAUGUGACAUGGAAUAAUAUAUCGUUUUCAAAACAAAAAUUGGUAUUGUUUAACACACAACUGACAGUACACAUGCAACAGUGCACGGGAAAUACAUCCUUCAGAUACAUCAACUUUUUUAAUGAAAUUUUACUGCUACCUUCUCUGGCCUAUUUAUUUAUUUUUUCUUCUACACUAUAUCACACAUCAUCACGACAAUAUUGAAAGUCACUAAUAAUGUCGGUGGAGUCACUGUGUAUAGAAUGCACACUCCUUUAACACCUGGAAUUAUUAAACACAUCCCAAGAUGCCGAAUCACUUUUGUGCCAUAGAAAAUAUUUGUUAUACAAUAAACUUUGUUUUUUAAUCGCAUAGCAUACUUUUUGUUGCAAAAGCACAAGGGUGAAACAAGGAGGUCACUGUAAUGUUCUAUGAAGUCACCUUAGAUUUGUCUGUUUCUUUUAUAUGUCAUGUUAAUUUAUUAUUUAACUAUUUAAUGAUUUUGAUUGAUAACGGAUUACUCUGCAGCUUUACUGCAACGUGGGUUGGGUUUUCUUAUGUGCAUAAUCGUUUUACUUACUGUCCUAUAUGAAGAUUAAUGGUCUCAAUGGACGUAACUUUUUCUAGGCAUUUUACACAAUUAAAUUGCACUAAUGCUUUAUUAAAAACAGUAUAUGAUUUCAUAAUGAUGACACCUGUAUACUGCAGUUUUGGAAUGUUUCAGUAAUAAAGAAUAUUUUUCA